AUGCAAUUCUCUAAAGUUAUUGUCUCUGCUGUCGCUUUCUUCGGUCUAGCCGCUGCUCAAAACGAGUCUAACGGUACUACUUCUAAUGGUGCUGCUCAGCUUGCUGGCAGCAACAACGCUCUAAACGCUGGUUUGGUGGGUGCUGCCGCUGCAGGUGCUUUGGCCUUUUUGGUUUAA